AUGUCAGUCCAAAUCAAACCUUUUCUUAACCGAACAGUCGAACCAGACCGGCGCCGCUCCACGGCCGAAGUCGAAGCGGCCACACCAUACUCAUACUCUAUCCAGGCUCGACCUGUGUACUCUACAUACUUUACGUUUGCUGCUCAUCCUGGAUGCCCCGAAUAUUCUACAUCCUCCUCAGUUCGGGAGUCCUUGGCUGCUGCUUCUACGAAAAUGUCAACUGACAGCCAUUUCUACAGCUACCAUGCGGCUCGAAACACUCUCACAUUUGGCCGGAAUUUAUACGAUGAGUACAUUACUCGCCAAAACACUGCUCAGCAGAAGGUCACUCAAAAUUUCAACCGUGAUUUCGUGUCAGUUGGUGCUCGGCCGAGAAGUAUAAUCUCCCCUGCCACUUCCAGUAUCACUCACUCAAACGUGGUUGGCCAGUCCGCCUAUGCUUCGAACAUUGGUCAAGAGCAUCGACUCGGUCAAGCUCCUGUUGCUCCUGCUUCACCUUCUAGUGGUCAUGCCGCAGCGCAGAAACUCCCAAAAAAGGGUGUUCUCGGUCAGCGGGAUGAGCGCAUCUCAGAUACCAUUACAGUUCGAAGACCUGCUGCCUCUUCCUCCGUUCCUCGUACCAAGGCCGUCGUCCAGCAGGUUCCCAAAAAGCGCACUACAGCUCAGCGAGAUGAGUAUAAUGAAGACAUCAUCGUUGUACGAGACCCGGUUGCCAGGGCUUCCCCUCGUGUCCCUCGUCGUCAAGGCCCGCCUACUACCGCAGAUAUCAUCGAUCUGACAGCCGAUGAAGAGCUGCCCACGGGUACAACCUUUUCCCACGAUAGCAAUGAUGAGGAUGUCAUCGAGCUGGAACCACCUGCGGCUGAAUACCACAAGGGCCUUCGUGCGUUCCUCCACAAGCCGCCCAGACAAGUAGUCACGAACUCGCGACCUCGAAAGCGGCAAAGACAGGUCCAAGCUGUGUCCCAGGCCGCGAAGACUAGAGCCCAGCUACAUAACCCUAGAGCCAGUGCACAAGCACGCAUCACGCGUGCGCGAAACUACCCUGAUGCGCUUUCAGCCAGGCUUCACGAGAACUUGCCGGUUCCGGACCGUGAUAUGGCACUUCCUGAGAGACCUCAGCCUUCCGCGGUCCAAAAAAACAACACAAGUCACAACCAGAACCUUCGCCCGAGGCGUAAGGCUGCUGACAUUGCUGAGUCCGAGAUCAUGGUGGCUACUUCGUCUAUCCUUCCCAGUGUUGAGUCCUCUACCGGGUUUUUCAGCUUGGCUCCUGAAAUUCGAGACAAGAUCUAUCGUCAUUUGCUUGUUUCGUCGACGCCCGUCGGUGUCCGAAACCUCUGGACGGAGCUUGCUCGCCGGACAAGGCGGCGCCGUGGCAACUGUGACUCUGGCACUAGGGGUAAUGACUCCAUUAUUAACAUUAACAUCCUGCUUGUGUGUCGCCAGACUGCUGCGGAGGGUAUCCGUGUGCUCUAUUCGGAGAACACAUUCCUUUAUCAGCUUCGCGAUCCCGAAGUCGUGUGUCGUCUUCAGCAAGAGCAUCGCCUCGUCCUUCGUACUGCUCCCCGGGGCUUUCCCGAGACUGGCAUCAACCUCGAGAAAUAUGCUCAUCUUUUGCGUCACAUCACCAUCGAACUCGAGCCGAACCGCAGUGGCACCGCUUAUGAGAAACUUAUGGCUGCUGCUAUCCAGGCGCUGGCCCUCCCGCAUAUUCGCUUGUACAAGUUAACCAUCACAGUCUCUCCCUUGUUCGAGACUUAUCGCCGUAAGGCCGGCGGCUCCGGAACUGUGAAGACAAAAUAUCUCAGCGUGGUUCCCUACUUUAGCAAGAAUGCGCCGGUGCUCAAGGCGCUGCUGGGAGUCAACACGCGCUUCCUGCGCAUCAAUGUGCACACCAACUCUAAGCAGAACAACUCUACCUUGGGCAGACGCCGUGCCCCUACCCCUAUCAUCAUUACUACAGCCAGCGCCGCAAACAACAACAACGCUGGCGUUGACUCCUCAUCGGACUCUGACUCUGGCAAUAACAUUUUCCAGUCGAGUGCCGCAGCUUACAAGAAAACUUCGGACACUACUUCGCGCCACUACGAAGCCACGCUCGACCUUCGCUACGUCCCCUGGAACGAAGUUAACACCCCCGUCAAGCGCCAGCUGUCUCCCUCUCCGCUGCCCGACCAACUCGAACACGAUGAGCUGGCUCAAGCCAAGCGGCGCGAGAGGGGCCAAGUCGCAAAGCAGGCUCUCCUCUCGCUGCGCCGUCACAUCGAAGAGGCAUGCACACUUUCACCUGCCGAGCUAAAGUGUGUGGAAAACAACAUUUGGGAAGAGCACGCGGAAGCGGAAAAGAAGCGGAAGGAGAAGUAG